UCACGUGUCUGCGACAAUAAUAGCGCACGUGACUGUGUGAGUGGCACCGGCGGCAAAGACUGGGUCUUUCAGUUCUUUCCUGCAGCUCUGCAGGUCUCGACGUACACGUCUCUCUCUACCGCCUUGUUGUGGACAUUACGUCCCAAAAGUACAUCAGCCUCGCCCUUUUGUGCGCUCUCUAUGAUCAUGAACGGACACGGUGCACCAAGUAACGGCACGGCGACUCCUGGCCCCGGGGAUGGUUACGCGAACGGACCCUCCACUAGCGCGGGUGCGCCCGUAAAUGGAUACGAUCAACAUCCCUCUCUAUAUCAACUGCAUAAUCAAGAUAUCAUCAAUCAUCUCUUUCAUUCAGGCUUCCAGACUGGCAACUACGCUGAUACACUACUGCAUGUCCGUGGAACUGUAUAUCGACUACACGCUCUCAUUUUGUCUCGAUCUCCAUACCUUGCACAUCUGAUGUCAACAUCCCCGCAAACGAAUAGCCAAUACGUAAUCUAUGUUAAUUUGGAACAUGAACCAGAAGUCACAGACGAGGGAUUUCACCACGCAUUGGCAUAUCUCUACUCCGCUGCCGCACUCGCUAGUAUUCGCCCCGAAAAUGCCCGUGCUGUCCUAGCGGCCGCUUGUCUGCUUGGCCGCAUGGAUGACCUCUGCAACUACGCUUAUGAGGUUUGUCGACAAUCGAUCAGCCUCGACACUCUUCCAUCUUGGCUAGAGUUCGUCGAUUCAGUACCAGCUCCAAGUGACGGCUCCUCUACGCCCAUUGUCGAGCAACACCAGCACCUACGCACAGCAGUGUUCGGCUCCUAUGCACAGCGUUUGCGCGACGAUGUCUUUAACUUCCUCAUCGUUACGCUCCCGAACCUUGUGAACUUCGGUGGGCAGGCCACUCCUACGACACCCCUGCCAGAAUCUUCGAGCACACCCACCGAUGCGGGUCGUGACACGCUCCUCCAGGUGUUUGCUCGUGUACCGUUCGAUCUGUUCAAAGCUGCGGUAGAGUCGCCCACGUUUCAGCUCGGGUCAACACACUCGCGCUUCAAAUUCGCCAAGGAUGCCAUCGAGCUGCGGAAGCAGAGCAUCGCGCGAGGCCAAGGCGCCGAGGAGACGGUCGUGCUGGCGUUCGGCGGCAGCUCGACGCAGUCGACGGGCGUGCUCGUCACCCGCAAACUGCGCAAGAGGCAGCUCUGGAAGGUGAACGGCCCUUGAGGGUUCGAGGAUCGUACCCUGGUGCUGUUCCCGGCGCGUCUUUGAUUUUGUCUGCUGUCAUCUCGAUCUGUGCUCUUUGUGUGUCAAUUGCCUUGCAUUGCCGUCGUACUCGUACUUUCGUGCCAUCACCAGUGCCAUAUACUCUGUUGUUGUGUCCAUAGUAGGCUGGAGAGCGUAUCCUAUAGCGUUGUGUAUCCCAUGGACCCUCGAGAC